AUGAGUACUCCCAGCAACAACAUACGACGGCUUCAGCGCCAGCAAUUGGCCCAGCCAGACCUCCAGCAGUAUCAACAGUCAUCCAACCGUCCAGCACAACAUCCCAAGAAGAAGGAGAUUUCUCACAAGUCGUCCAAGAAUGGGCGGCUAAUCAAGACCAAGUUGCUAAACUUGCACCAGUCACAGAAGCGGUCGAUCGACAAAGCAUACGGCGAUAGUGGUGAUGGUGAAGGUGAUAACGGCAUUUACGACGUGGAGGUGGAUCCCAGCCACCCCAACCAGUCGGUUCCCAGCUUCAUUCUCCACAAGCCCAUCAACAUGAACAGCUACGACUACUCGGUGUUUACCAACUACCCGGACGGAACCGACCUCCAGCACGGCGAGCACUUGCCGCCAGCAGUCAAGGAGUCCCAGAUCAAGGCGUGGGAGUCGGCAGAGAAAAUCAGUCGUAAUGUGAUCUUUGGCGACGCCAGUGACUCAGACGACGGUGAGUCGGAUGUCGACCACAACCCAGAAUCGGCUCCCUACGUCACUUACCUUCCAGGGUACAGCCGCGAGGAAUGGAGUGUAAUUCUGAGCGUGUACAACGAACUACAGGCACGACUGGGCGGGUCGUUGGCGUCGAUGGCGCUGGAGGAAAAGAACCAGCUCCACGAGCUCAAAAAGAAGAUUCAGGCCAACCACGAGCGCCUUCUCUCCCAAACCCACGCAAUCUCUACCCGAAGACAGGUCCAGAUCACCCAGAAAAAGGAGCUCUUGAACAAGAUGUUCGGGUAUGCCAACAACUUGAACCGCGAGUACAUCACCAACAACUCGCUCUACUCGGCAUUGGACAACUCCUCGAACAUCCAGAAGACGUUUCACGAGGAUAAGGAGGAGGUAUCGUCGCUCCUAGCUGAAGACUCCGCCUACACAGCUGCGUUGAUGGAAACUGCCCAGCGAUUGGCAGAGUCGUCUGCCAGCGGAAUUCCCGCUAACGACGACGACGAGGCCUUUGACUACGACACUUACCACAGGGUGGUGUCUCAGAAGCUAGACGAGAUCUACGACGCACAUCUGGAGGUGGAACGGUUCCACCCAGACCACGCUGCCUCCAACGGAGAACUCCAGCAGUUCGCCACCGCCUACCUACGCCGGUGUCUCCACAACGACUCCGACGAGGUUGCCACCACUGCCCCCUAA